AUGCUUCAACAACCUAGUUUUUCUGUACACCACCAUCAUAUCACCACUCCUACUGUCGCCAAUGCUGAUAUCAACUUCUCUCCCAAUGCAUUAGAUAAUGACAUUAAGAAUACAAAUUCGGUCAAUACAUAUCAUGAUACUGCCAAUAACUUCACCUUCACUUUAACUCGUAAAAAUGGAACAGCUUAUAUAUCACCUGUACAAACCGAGGGACUGACCGAAUUAAAAAUUGGUGUCUUGCUUCCAUUUCACCAACAAGAUAAUAAUUGGACAAAAACUAUUACUUUAAGUGGAGCUUCUGCUGUUCGUAUGGCUAUAGCCGAAAUCAACACAAAACAAAUAAUACCUGGUGCAUAUAUCACUUUGAUUGAACAAGAUUCUUUCCCCAAGGAUAUUGAAGGACAAGCAGCUAUUAGUCAAGCAGUAUACUCUGCCAUAUCUCUUAUUCAUGAAGGGGUGGUGGCAAUUAUUGGUGAUAUCAGUUCUUCUUGGACAACUCUUUCGGCUUUGAUGUCAACUACUCUUCAGAUUCCUCAAUGCUCUUUUUCUGCUGUGGCUACUUCAUUAUCUGAUAAAUCCCAAUACGGUUACUUUUUCCGUACAAUUCCUACCGAUUUGAUUUAUGCCGAUGCCGCUUUAUCUUUUAUCGUUAGUCAAGGUUGGCCGACGAUUGGUGUACUUUAUUCCGGUGAUGACUUUGGAAAACAAUUAUCAACGGACGUCAUUAUGAAAGCAAGAGCUCACAAUAUUAUAAUCAAGGGAUAUCAAUCAUUUUAUGAUCAUGGACCAACCAGCGAUAUACAAUCCUCUAUUGAUACUUUGAUGGCAACGGGAGCAAGAGUGAUCUUUGUCGCAGCAGCAGAUGAUGCUCCUAUGGCGGCAUUAAUAGUCGCUGCUCAUAGCGGAUAUAUCAACAAUGACAAUGUAUGGCUAACUAUCGGCAUCCAAUCAGACUCAUUACAACAAAAUGUAAUCAACUUCAACAACAUCAUUUCUACACGCGCAGAUAGUGCAGAAUGGACAUCACAAUCAUCAGCAUCGCAAUCAUCAGCAUCGCAAUCAUCAGCAUCAUCCUCAGUAUUACCUAAUAUAGAUCCCGUUUUAUACGCUGCAAAUACAACUCGAAAACUUACCCAUAUUGAAUACAACUCUACAUUUUCAGGUGGUGUCUUUUCUUUUGAAUCUAUCAUGUCUCUUCCUGGAUACCCGCCAUUCGACCAAUUUUUACAAAGAUGGUCCUCUCUCGAUCCUGCUAUGUAUGUUCGUUCGUCUUUUUUUUUUUUUUUUUAA